AAACUGGCAAAUAAAAAAAAACUUGACAUUUUCUGAUUUAAUUCACAAUUUUUGUUUGCAGUGAAUUUUUACAACAAUCUCUGUGUUUUAUCUAACAAAUGUAGGAUUCCGUAGUCCCGGAGACUUUAAAUUACGGUUAUACCUCGAAUAAAACGUGAGGGUGAACAAAAUUUCAUCAUGACAGAAACACGAAGAAUACAACUUCACCUUGGAAAAUGUAUAGAGGAUUUGGACAAAUUACACAAUGUACCAGAUUUGAAGUCAAAAAGAGCUACUCUGUUAUGCAAAACAGCUCAAAAAUUAUUCGAAAGUGCGGAAGAGGCUCGCGAGAAAGGAGAUGAGGAGUAUUCUUAUGUUUAUUACAUGAAAUACUUACGGGUGAUAGCUUAUAUCAGCAAAGACAAGGAUUAUUUGAAAGACAAGUCUUAUUUUAACAACAUGUUGGGGGCUAAGAACCCAAACAAGGCGAUAGAUCACGCUGAAAAGCUGAAGAACAGCCUCAUAGACAGAUAUCAAAAAGAGCAGAAAACAAAGCGGCUGAAUGACAUUAAAGAGAAUGAGCUGAUCAAGCAGAAGAUUGAGGAGAACAGGAAGAAACCCUCGGAGCCGACACCAGUCAUUGAACCACCACAGCCUCUGGGAUUACCAGGUCCCGAUGAGGUGACAAUCAAAAGUGAGCAACUAUACUCCAUCCUGAAGAGUGGCAAGCUGAAGGUCAUGAUACUAGACGCGAGGCCCGGGAAGGACUAUGUGGACUCGCAUAUCAACUGCCCGGCGUGUAUCAGUGUGCCUGAAGAGUGUAUCUCUCCUGGGCAAUCAGCGAAUGUCCUAGAACAGAACUUACCUGGUGCGUCCCGUCCCGUGUGGGCCGAGCGAGCCAGCAUGGAGCUCAUCGUGAUGCUGGACUGGAACAGCACGGCCGUCAUACCGGGGAAGACGCUGCAUCUGCUCAAGACUAUACUCCUCAAGUGGGACGUAAAAGUCCAGUACUCUCGUCCUCCCCUCGCCCUGCUGGGAGGGUACGAGGACUGGUUGCUGAAGUACCCCGCCUUCACCACCAACCCGCAGGCAGUGCCUCCAAGACAGGAUGAUUUUAUGGACGAUAUGCUUGGCGAGAUCGACUACCCGACAUGGACGGACGUGAGCCCCGCGGCCGCCGCGCCCGCGCCGCCGCGGCCCAAGCCCGGGGAACCCUAUGUGGACCGCAGCAGUAAGGCGGCGGCAGUACAGAUGUACUCGGAGCGGGCUCGCAGCAUGCAGCUGAUCCUGGAGCAACAGGAACGCAUCGCCGACACUUCGCUCACGUUGGAAAUGCAAAGGAUUGAGGCUGAACAAGACUGGGAGAAGGUUCGGGAGCAGCGUGAAGGCGAGGUGCAGGACGAGCUGAGAGCCAUGUACAAGCUGAGGGAGCAGGAGAUCAUCUCACAGCUCAUGCAGCUCGAGAAUAAGCAGUAUGAUAUGGAACAAGAGAACCAGAGUCUCCGCGAGCAAUUAGAAGAGUACCAGCGCCGCGAGCGCGAGGAGGCGGAGAAGCUCGCCGAGACCAUCAGCGGUGCCACUGACGACACUGAGGCUGCUGAUGAAGAGCGCAUCCGCCUAGCCGCGGAACAAGCAGCCGCCGCCCGAGAACAGGCCGCAGCUCGAGCCCGCAUCGCCGCAGUGCGUCAGCAACGCGAUCAGCUCGAUCGCACUAGAGAACGACUAGAGGCUGAGCGCAAGCGGCGCCUGCAGCAGGCCAGGGAUACUAGGAAGCCGGACCUGGAUAAACCCACACGAGGGGACGAGGACGGCGACUCGUACAUGAUGUCCCCCGACAGCCCGGGCGCCGCGGGGCUCAAUCGGUCGCACUCCUCGCCUAACAUUGCUAAGGUAUCUUCAGAUGAGGAGGAGCCUUGCGUGCCGGUGUUCGACCGCAGCACCAAGCCGACUAAAGUGGCGCCCUCUAGUGAUCUGCAUCAGAGAGACUUUCAACCCGUUUGGGGGGAUGUGGGUCGAGGUCUGACAGGUCUGAAGAACCUGGGCAACACGUGCUACAUGAACUCGAUCAUCCAGUGCCUGAACAACACCGCCAUUCUCGUCACGUACUUCUGCAACGGACAGUACUUGGAACAUGUCAACAGGUCCCACAGCACUCGCGGCGCGAUAGCAGAGGAGCUGGCGGCGGUGGUGCGCGCGCUGUGGUCCGGACAGUACCGCUUCAUCGCCACCAGGGACCUCAGGAACGAAGUGGGCAAACACCAGCGCGCGUUCCGUGGGUGUGAGCAGCAGGACUCGCACGAGUUCCUCACCAUCCUCAUGGACUGGCUGCACCUCGACCUGCAGUUCAGCAUCAACGUGCCGCCCCACAAGGACAGCCUCCCCCCUUCAGAGAAGGCAUGGCACGAGUACACCAAAUCCAAGGAGAGUUUAAUCCUACGGCUGUUCUACGGACAGAUCAAGUCCACCGUCCGAUGUACCGUGUGCGGCAAGCAGAGUGUCACUUACGAGUCCUUCUCGAAUCUCUCGCUGGAACUGCCGGCGAAUGCUAAUCGGUGUACUUUGAGUGACUGCCUGAAACUGUACCUGAACGGCGAAACAAUACCAGGUUGGAACUGCCCCAACUGCAAGGAGAAGCGUGAUGCAGUCAAGAAGCUAGACAUCUCCCGCCUUCCCCCAGUCCUGGUCAUACACUUCAAGCGAUUCUACGUCGAUCCCAAAGAGUAUAUGUGUAACGCAUAUAGGAAGAAACAGACAUAUAUUGACUUUCCUCUAGAAGAUCUGGAUAUGAGACAGUUUUCCCUACAUAGUCCGCCGAAUCACUCGUACAAUUUGUAUGCGGUUUCGAAUCAUUAUGGCUCUAUGGAGGGAGGACAUUAUACGGCGUAUUGUAAGAGCAGUGUUUAUGGGAAGCGCAGAUGGUACAAGUACGACGACCACGUGGUGACUGAGAUCCCCUCAAGCGAAGUGAAGUCGAGCGCUGCCUACAUUCUGUUCUACACGUCGUGUUCCGCGCGGCAGACGUGAUGCGCCACCAAGCGCAAGCUGCCCGCCCGAUAGCGGCACAAGACUCUAAUACUCACCAAAUUCAGUGUUUGUGAAGUGAAGUGACUGUGGUACUCACAGAAUCGGAAAUAGUGUUUCUUAUUAUGAGUAGGUUUUUGUUGAGGUACAGUCGGCCGCAUUGUGGUGGAGUUAAUUUGAAUUCAACGUAUGCUCUGUGAAGUGAAGUUUAUCUAUAUUAUAUUAUUACCGCUUUUGUGGCCAACUGCACCAUACCUAUUUGGUGUGACAGUAAAAGUUGUUCAUAAUAAUGAAUAUUAUUUGUGGUUUCAUUUGGUGUCAUCACCAAGUUGUAUUUAACAUAUUUACAGUUUAGUCCACUAUUAGAAGAUUCAAAUAAAAUCGACUAGGCGAUUAUGUCGGUGAUUAAAACGAUUUGGUGUAUCGAUUAGUUAAAGACAUGCCUCUAUGUAUAUUUAUUAUAUAAAAGACAUGGACGAUUUGUAUUUAUCGUAUAGUAAAUACCAGUUGAGAAUGCACUGCAAGCAAUGUGAUUAAAUAUUAUUAUGAAAGCGAGUUUUAUUAAUGUCUGUGAUAGCGGUCAUGCUGAAACAGCUGAACAUAUUUUAAUGAAACUAGCAAAAAGCAUAGCUGUAUUGCUAGAAUACAAACGGGAAUACAUUAGUCGAUUGCAGUGGAUUCUCGAGCAGUAGGAUGUAUUGUAUUUAUUAUUUUAAUAUAUAACUUCAAUAAUAAAUGUAAAUCUAUGUGUAUAUCCUUCGACACUGUCUGCCGGCAGUUUGUCAUUCAAAAUUACCAGAUGGUUUUUGAGAAAAACCACGAAGCAAGCUUAUAGUUUUAAACGGUUGAUGUGUAAACUAUGCCUUGUACAAAUAGCUUUUACAUGUUGCAACUAUGUAGGGUUAACAUUUCAUUAUUUAUUGUAAUACUUUUAGUUGGUUUUAUUUCAUGUUGCAGUUAUUUUUGCAAAGAAAACAUUUUGAUUGGAGUGACAUUUAUUAGGUUAUUUCUUCUGAGACUGUUUCCACUGCAAUCUACCCUGUUAUUAUCUUUCUCUUACACUUUGUUUUAAAAGUAUAAUUCACACUAACAUUUUACGAUAAUCUUUAGAAAAAUAACUGCGACAUUUUAUUCGCGGCUCAUGUACAUUGUACGGUUAGAAAAUAGCUAAAUAACCAGCAAAGUAACUGGAGUUUAGUAAAUAAUGUGCAUAAGUUGUGUUGCAUGAGACACUUCGCCGCUACAUGAUACGAGUGAAUGAAAUCCGUGAAUGAACACUUAAUGUUUAUGAAUGAAAGACUGAAAAUGAUUGGUAUUUUACCUAGAUGUAUUUCAUUAUUGUAUUUAUCUGACCGCUUGUAUUUUUUAACAUAUUGGCGGUUUAGUUAAGCAAUCAGUUGUGAUAACGGCUUUUUGUUCUGUACAUAGUCUUUUUAAGCAAUUUUUUAUUCAUCUGUAUUAAAUUGUCUUAAAUUACAAAUAUUUUUCAAGAUGUUAUUAUGCCUGUUUUUUUAUUUGACAAUGGGGUAGUGCCCUUUUAUUUUAAGACAUCUACAAUGUUCCAUUUAUAAAUUGUAGUUAUCUAAACGAAUUGCUUUAUUAAUUCGCCAGUAUGAAUUGGCUGAAUACGCAUUAUGCAACCAUCAUACAUUUAUGAUAAUAAGCUGCACUCACUCAUAAUUGGUUGCGAUUAAUUUAAAUUCACCUACAUAGCAAAAUGCGUACAAAGCCAACUAACUAAUCAGAUAAGGAUUCGAUCACAGAACAGUUGUGUUCAAAUAUCUCAUUUAAUUACUCUACGUAUCAAAAAAUAACGAAUAGCAGUGCCUAAAUUACCUAGAAACUUAGCACCCUUGCCGGAAGAAUGUGCCAUUCACAAUGUUCCGUAAAGUAAAACGCAAUUUGGUCUCGAAAAACAUAUUUUUUGUUAUAAACUGUUGUAUGAACAUUUGUAUAUAGCAUACAUUAAUGGUUUAUUGUAUGUAAAAGUAAAUGUAAGACAAACUUUAUUAAAUUCUUUGUUAAUAUA